AGGAUGCAUGUGUGCGGCCGCGUUCUAUAAUUAUUAUAAGCAAAAUUUGGAGGAGGGUAUGUAUCUAGUUUAUGUCUCUGCAGCAGGCGAGCCUGUGAAAAUGCCGUCGGAGAUAGAGGGAGUAGUCGCUAAGUACCCUAAUCUAUUCGAAGAGCCGAAAGGGGUUGUCGAGAGGGACGUCGUCCACACGAUAGAGAUUAUCCCAGGGUCUAGCAUCCCGAAGGGUAGGAUCUAUCGGAUGUCUCCAGGCGAGCUGGAUGAGCUUCGCCGGCAACUCAAGGAACUCAUAGAGAAGGGUUGGAUCCGGCCGAGUGUCUCCCCUUAUGGAUCUCCAGUCCUAUUCGUACCAAAGAAGGGGGGGACCCUGAGGAUGUGCAUUGAUUAUAGGGGCCUCAAUGCCAUCACAGUCAAGAACCGAGAGCCCCUACCGCGCAUCGACGACUUGCUGGACCGAGUGCAAGGGUGUCGGUACUUCAGUAAGAUAGAACUGAAGUUCGGGUACCAUCAGAUUGCAAUACGGUCCGAGGAUCAACACAAAACCGCAUUUCAGACCAGGUACGGUCUGUACGAGUUUGUGGUGAUGCCUUUCGGCCUUCACAAUGCUCCUGGCACCUUUCAGCUCGCGAUGAAUCGGAUCUUUCAUGACUACUUGGAUAAGUUUGUCAUCGUGUACCUUGAUGACAUAUUAUCUUCAGUUAGGAUUGUCGAGGAACAUGUUUGCCACUUAGAUAAAGUCCUUAGUCUCCUUCAACGGCACAAGUUCAAGAUCAAUGGCGAGAAGUGGGCAGAACAUGAUGACGGAGUCUGUGUGGACGAAGUGGUUUGUGGAUUAGGAAAGGGGGCAACGGAUAAAGACAAAACCAGGGGAGGUAGGAAUGGUGAAGACAGGGGUGGUAGAGUAGUCGGAAGGUGGGUAACAGACGGCGAUAAAACCAGGGGAAAUAAAGGAGGUGAAGACGGGGGGGAUGAAGUCAGGGGUGGUGAAGUGGCUGAAGCAGAGACAGGGGGGGCAGUUGUAGGUGAGACCCGAAGAGGGAACUCUGCAGGUGGUGAUGCAGGCAUGGCCACGGAUGCCAUGGAGGAACGCAUCGAGACCAAGGGAGACACAACAGAUGCGGUGGUCAUGGAUGCCAUGGAGGAACACGCCGAGACCAAGGGCGACACAACGGCUGUGGUGGCCACGGAUGCCAUGGAGGAACAUACCGAGACCAAGGGCGACAUAGCAGGUGCGGGUCGAGUUGCUCCCGAGGAAUCAAUCGUAGAAGCAACCAAGGCCGAUGAGGAAGAGGCUGUGAACCGAAAAGGGGCAGCCAGGGUCACAAACGGCAUGGAAGGGGUUACUAAGACUAAUGAGGACGCAAGUGCGGCAGACGCAGGUAAUGAAGAAGAGGCUGUGAUAGGUGUGACAGGCACCGAUAAUGAAGAAGGGGCUGUGACAGGCGUAGUCCGAGGACAGUGUGUAGAUACCCGAGAAAGCGGGUGAUGAAUAGACCAUCGAAGCAUGCUGCGGAACCAGCUGGAGAGGCGGGUCACAUGCGCAGGGUACCUGUGGUGACGUUUACGA